UCAAACAGGUGCUAAGAAUGGUUCUCCUUGUGACCUUGUUUUUUAGUAGAACUGGCACCUGAUCACAAGUGAAUUCCUUUUUGUUUAGGUACAGAUAUUGUUUUACCUGAGGGCAAAUCGAUAUAAUGAUCAGUCUAGACUAGAGCAAAGAGCGUUACACUAAAGAGUUUUAACUGGCAGCUCAAAAACUGCUGAUUAUGUAAACUAACAAGGUUGCUUGGCAAUAAUCCCUAAAGAUGAUGUUGCACAAAGUGCAAUCUCGAACAACAAGAUGGGUUAUCGCGUUUGAUGGAUUUUCAUUGAUUGCAAUUUUGCAAGUGUAUCGGUAAAUGAAUUUGUUGAUAAUGGUAUACAUUUUUAACUAAUAUUCAAUGACUUUGCAGCUUUAAAUGACAGUUGGGACAUUCUAUUGAUAUUAUUUUUCUGUUCCAAAGCUCUGAUAUGGUAAUAUUGGCCUCUUCAAUUUGGUUAUCAACAAGUUCUGACAGUAGUUGAAUGCAGGCAAGGUAUUUCAUAACCGAUCAGAAUGAUAAUAAAAUGACUGAUGUAUUGAAAGCACUAGGGUAGAGACGUGGGACGUUGCCAAUGGACAUGAAAAUGAAUUUAAUUUAAUAAAUGUAGCCCGCUUAUGAGCGGCUGUAAUGCAUCUGAAACCACCCAAAUGGGUUUUAUGGAAUCAGACCCACGGAUGAAUCAUCCUGAUCCAUAAAUGGGCCAUUACAGACCCACAUACCACAGUGAUUUUGACCAAUUAAGGCAUUUUCAUCCAAACUUAAUAAAUAGUUAAUUCAGAUCUGCCUAAACGCAUCGAGGGAAGGAGGGCCUAAGUGUGUUGUCCUCCUCGUAGUCGCAGCCCUUUUCACUUCCUUGGUGGUACUGAGUAAACCUGGUUCACACACUCUGCUAAUAACGUGAAGGGCUGCUCUUAUCUGUUGGUACGAGGCUGAUAUUUAUGGCUAACAUUCAGGGCAGAGUGUGCCAACGCGCCAAUAAAAAGUUAAUGGUUUACCCUCCGCAAAAGUCGGAACACCCAAGGAGCAAUCUGCCGAUCAAGUGUUGUCACCGGAGUCCUCGUUUUGCCUGCGUGCGUCGUCAGUCCUGGUUUGUUGUUGUUGUCAUUGUCUUCGUCAAAAUGGCAAGAGAAACCUAGUGGCGGAUUUAUUUUGUGUGCGAGUGUGAGUCACAUGGUGCGUUGUACCCCAAACAUGAUCGGCCCGGUAAUUAUCCUACAGGCGGUGAUUAUCUGAGUUAGAGCCUUGUUCCCACAACGGGAAGAGCGGAGGAGGAGGUGGGCUCCGUCAGCUUUUAAUGACUUUGUGUCAUCGCCAGGAGGCACACAAUUUGGAACCUGCAUGCUUACAACACUGUGUGUGUGUGUGUGUGUGUGUGUGUGUGUGUGUGUGUGUGUCAGUCAGCUGCCUGUGACAUCAACCUGUUGAGCUGCGCGGCACACUAUUGGCUACGCUGGACUAGCACUAAAGUGGCUGCGGCAAUAGACGGCAGGUCGGGUUCCCAUCUUCCCACAGGACAGGGCUGGGGGUCUCCGUCCAGCGCUCUCGUUUAGUCAUGUCGCUUUUAUCUACAGUGACUUGGAGGGAAUGCUAUUUAUAUGCAGGUCGUCACAGAUGACGCAGGUGCAGCACCGGGUGACAGGGCAGGUGAUGGCCCUUAAGGUGAACACCAUGGCCAGCAACAAGGCCAACAUGCUCCGGGAGGUGCAGCUCAUGAACCGCCUCUCCCACCCCAACAUACUCAGGUUUAUCGGCGUGUGCGUCCACGAGGGCCAGCUCCACGCCCUGACGGAGUACAUCAACGGCGGGAACCUGGAGCAGCUCCUGGAGAGCGAGACGCCUCUCCCCUGGGGGGUGCGCCUGGGCCUGGCCCUGGACGUCGCCCGUGGCCUGGAGUACCUCCACAGCAAGGGCAUCUUCCACCGGGACCUCACCUCCAAGAACUGCCUGGUGUGCUGGGAGAACGGUGCGUGCUCGGCCGUGGUCGGGGACUUUGGCUUGGCGGAGAAGAUACCAGAGUACAGCGAGUCCGGGGAGCAGGAGCAUCUCUCCGUGGUCGGCUCCCCCUACUGGAUGGCCCCAGAAGUGCUCCGAUGGGAGGCUUACAACGAGAAGGUGGACGUGUUCGCAUUCGGAAUCAUCCUGUGUGAGGUCAUCGCCAGGGUGCAGGCUGACCCUGACUUCCUGCCCAGAACAGAGGACUUUGGCCUGGACGUGGACACCUUCCAGCACAUGGUGGGCGACUGUCCCCCAGACUUCCUGGAGCUAGCCGUCACCUGCUGCAAUAUGAGCGCGGCGCUGAGGCCGUCGUUUGCCGAGAUCGCAGCCCAGCUGGAGCGCAGGGAGGCGGGGGCGGCGCCCGCAGACGGACCGGCCGCGCGCCGCGACACCUCCACCUGCUCGCCUGCGAUUGGUCCUCCUUCCCGUCGGGGCUCGCUAUGCCCGCCCACCGACGCCCGCCUCUCCCGCAGCAAGUCGGACAUGCUGUGCCCCCCGGCCACGCCCCCCGCCCCGGGGGCCCUGGCGGUCCCUGGCUGCGGGCGGGUCAACCCCUUCUCCCAGCGCAAGGACCUGCAGGGCGGCAAGAUCAAGCUGUUCGACACGCCCUCCAAGUCGGUCAUCUCGCUGACCUUCGCUCUGCCGCCGCCGCUGCACGACGACCCCGCCGACGGCGUGGGGGGCGGGACCCCGGCCCGCAGUCACCGCCGCUGCCUGUCCCUGCCGUGCACGCCCCCGCCCAACCUCACCUCCACCCCCCUGCCCCCCGCCCCCAGCGCCCGGGCGGACCGCCGCCGGGAGACCGGGAAGGAGGAGGAGGAGGGGGAGGGGCGACGGACGGCUGACGAAGAGGAGGCGCUGCUGGCGUCGAAGACCGCCUGCGACUCGGUCAACGACUCGGGUCUCCCGUUGCCCUCGGAGACGCUGACCCUGGAGCUGACGGACAAGGAGGUGGAGGAGGAGGAGGAGCCUAUGGACUGCACCAGCUCCCCGGACACGCUGGGCGGCGGUCCCGCCCCCUCCACCCCGCCCCCGUUCCACGGCAGCUGGCUCUCCAACGGCCCCAAGGGCGGCGGGGGGCUCCCCCUCCUCCCCCCGGCCCACGACAACAACAACGUGGUGGUGGGCCGCCCGCUGGCCUGGGCGCCCGCCGCCGCCCGCGGCAACGCCAACGGCUACCGCUCGCCGCCGCCGUCGUACAACGGCUACGACGACGAGGGCUACGACCCCGCCGGCGCCUCGCCAUUCGGCUCGGCCGGCGGCCACUCCCCCGAACAGGACGAGGUCAUUUCCUGUCCGGGCUGCUGCCUGGCGGGCCUGCGCUUCCCCUCGCUGUGUAUGCGGGCGUCGUCGACGGCGACGGCGCCCCGCCGGAACCCCUACAAGAACCUGAACGGCGAGCGGAGCGCCAGCACGCGGGGCCUGCUGCACGCCGGCUCCAAGGGCCACUCCCCCUCCUCUAGCCCCGCCCCCACCCAGACCAAGAAGACCAGCCCGGAGCCGGGACUCGUGCUGCCCGGCGCCCAGACAUAGUGACACCCCCCUCCCCCCUUCCCUCCCUCGCCACACACUGCCGGCCGGGUGGUUCUAGUGGGGUUCUUCUCUUUGAGAUGUUUGCACUGAUUUUAACCCAGCAAUACACACACACACACACACACACACACACACACACACACACACACACACACACACACACACACACACACACACACACACACACACACACACACACACACACACCUCUUAAGUUUCCAGCGAUGGAGGAGGUGGAUGACAUUGAAUCUGGCUGCUGGACCGACGGGGUCAGUCCACUUAUUUACUGAAUGAUGAGUAUUUCCAACUGCUCCCGUCUCCCUGUGAUGAGCAAAGAGUCACUGCUCUAUAAUAUAGAAGGCGGGGGGGGGGGGGGGCUAGCAAAGGGGAGAAGAGGCCACUUUUGGCUUAGGAUUGCGCCAUAGACCGCUUGUAGGUUUGUGGCGCAGCGGCCGUUGGUGGCUUUGUAGCGCCCUCUGCUGGGCAAGGGGCGCUAUGAACUCGGAUGUCACGUCGGAAAGUGCAGCACGCCGAGACGCACGACGGCUAGUCGUGUUAGCAUGAAAAAGAAGACGCUCGUAAAAAAUGAACAUAAUAAGACCCCUUACCUGAAUGUUCCCGUGCUGUAAAACUGCUGAACGACUGAAAGAUUUAAAUAGAAAAAUUGAAAAAAAAAAUCAUGAGUGACGAAGAAUGUUGAUGUAGGUCUUUGGUAUUCCAGUAGCGGUGGACACAGGCGCGUCUCUUGACUUGAAUAGUGGGCACUGGUAUGCCUACAGUGGUUGUUAACGUGAUGAGCUCCACCUGUGUUCGCUGUUACUGGAGCGCCUCUGUGAUAAAGGCCUGAUAGUCGAGUAUUAACGGAGGGGGGGACGAUGUCAUGGAGGGAGAAAAAAAAAAGCUUUUGUGUUUUUCUUUUUUUUUUUACAAGGUGAAUGAUGUACUGCCGAUGAGAUGUUUUGGUUUGAAAAAAGGUGUGUGUGUGUGUGUGUGUGUGUCGCAUUCUUUUGUUUGUUUUGCUGUAGGCCUAUCAUUUCUCCGGUUGCCUGGUGAGCACUUCGGCUGUAUUACUUUUUGUUAUCGCGAUACGGAAACAUAUUCGCAAUUAUUUGGUGAAUGAAAAGAAUGGUCAGAGACCUAUAAUUUCCACGAGAUGUACAGAUUGUUAUUUAAAGAUGUAAUUAAAUAAAGAAUAUAGACUCUAAA